AAACAAAAACACAUUUAGACAGCUAAGAGUUUUUAUUGCAAAAGCCAAAGCUUGAAACAGAUAUCUUUCAGUCUUCACGUUACAAUGUACUUGUAUUUAAAAAACCAUCUCGACCACAAACUGACAAAAUACGUACAUAUUACCGUAUUUUUAUACCUUCUUCUUCGUCUUCUUCAAUCUCUUAAUAGACACAAAGAUAACAACACCAAAACCCUUCUCAUUCUUUCUCAAUGUUUCCUCUUAUCUUUCUCUCUCUCUUCCUCCUCCCGCCGGCGAAUCUUGCCGCCGUGAGUAAUGACCACAAGUACUUAAAGCUUCCAUUGUUACGCAAAUCUCCGUUUCCUUCUCCGACGCAAGCUUUGGCUCUAGACACUCGCCGUCUCCAUUUCCUCGCUCUUCGCCGUAAACCUAUCCCGUUCGUCAAAUCUCCGGUCGUCUCCGGCGCAGCUUCCGGGUCGGGUCAAUAUUUCGUGGAUCUUCGAAUCGGACAACCGCCUCAGUCGUUACUUCUGAUCGCUGAUACAGGAAGUGAUCUAGUUUGGGUGAAAUGUUCAGCUUGUCGGAACUGUUCACAUCAUUCUCCGGCCACCGUCUUCUUCCCUCGCCACUCGUCGACAUUUUCUCCCGCUCAUUGCUACGACCCGGUUUGCCGUUUAGUACCUCAACCGAGUCGGGCUCCGAAAUGUAACCAUACCCGGAUCCAUUCCACGUGUCAUUACGAGUAUGGUUAUGCAGACGGUUCAUUAACUUCCGGUUUAUUCGGUAGAGAAACGACGUCGUUGAAAACUAGCUCUGGGAAAGAAGCGAAGUUAAAAAACGUGGCUUUCGGAUGCGGGUUUCGGAUCUCGGGUCAAUCCGUAUCGGGUGCGAGUUUUAACGGAGCUCAUGGAGUAAUGGGCUUGGGCCGUGGGCCUAUUUCUUUUGCUUCUCAGUUGGGUCGUCGUUUCGGUAACAAGUUUUCGUAUUGCUUAAUGGAUUACACUCUCUCUCCGCCUCCGACGAGUUACCUCAUCAUCGGAGACGGCGGCGGAGGAGAACGAAUCAACGCCGUUUCGAAGCUUCUCUUCACUCCGUUGCUAACGAAUCCGUUCUCUCCGACGUUUUACUACGCUAAAUUGAAAUCGAUCUCCGUUAACGGUGCGAAACUACGAAUCGAUCCUUCGGUUUGGGAAAUCGACGAUUCAGGUAACGGCGGAACCGUCGUGGACUCCGGCACAUCCUUAUCGUUUUUAGCCGAUCCGGCGUAUCGAUUGGUUUUAGCGGCGUUUCGAAGACGGAUCAAGCUCCCGAACGCCGAUGAACUGCCUCCGGGAUUUGAUCUGUGUUUUAACAUCUCCGGCGUUUCAAAGCCGGAGAAGUUCUAUCCGAGGUUGAAAUUCGAAUUCUCCGGUGGUGCUGUGUUCGUUCCGCCGCCGAGGAAUUAUUUCACUGAUACGGAGGAGCAGAUUCAGUGUCUGGCGAUUCAAUCGGUAAAUCCAAAAGAUGGAUUCUCGGUGAUCGGGAAUUUGAUGCAGCAAGGUUUCUUGUUUGAAUUCGAUAGAGAUAGAUCACGGUUAGGUUUUUCUCGCCGUGGUUGUGCUCUGCCGUGAUCGAAUUUUUUCCACCGGAAUAUUCUGUUUCGAUUCGCUGAAAGAUUCUUUUUUUUUUCUUCGUGUUUUGCGUUUUUUUUUUUGGUGCUCUGGGAAGUUCGAAAACUUGGGUGACGGUUCACUGUUACCGAAGAUAGAAAUAAAAUAAAAUAAUAUUUUUUGGAGUUUGUAAUAUUUCGAUUUCAAUAUUUAAAGAGUAACACUGUAACCAAAAGCAUGUGUAAAAAAUAGAAUAAACAUGAAAUGUUUUAUUAUACUA